CGGCAGCAGAGAAGAAGGAAGAUGUCGCUGUCUGCGGCUCUGGCCGGUCCAGGAUCAGUGUCGGUUCAGGAGACGUUUACACGGCGUUCCGAUUGAUCGCCUGGGUUCAUCCAUGACUGAUUACACAUCAUGAAACUGGAUAAAGAAAGCCACAUCUUACUACAAUCUUACCUGGGAAUUAGGAUUUAGUUUCUUCCUUUGACUGGAUUAGAUAAGUCAGCACAUGUUCCCCCUUUAUCAGAUUCGCUUGAACCAUUUGAGAUAGUUUUAAUGUCCACCAAGAGGUGUACAUAACCUCUGAGUUAACCUAAACUGAUAAACAUCGCUUGUUCUUCUCAGAACAGACAUGGACCCGUCUGCCAGGAUGGUGGGUCUGGACGCCCAGGGAAACAUGGUUUUCACUGUGGUAAAACCCGUUAUGAGCCUUUUCCAAGUGUCUUCGGAGCAAGGCAACAGUGUCUCACAAGGGGACAUGGGCCUGCAGGAUUUAUCUGAAAACCCCCUAGUCCUCCCUCAGGCCCAGGCCCAGGCUGCGCUGGACCAGGACCAGCUGGAGAUGCACAGCAUCCAGCCUCAUAUUCCCCCUCCGCUGCAGAGUCCUGCCCCGGUCCAGGCUGAGGACGUGUCCCACGAUCAGGAUCAGGAGCUGCAACCAAACUCAAGUGCAAAUUCAGAGAGCAGCAGCCAGAUGCCGUUUGCAGAGGUGUCUUCACUCCUGGACCCCAACAUGAAAGGAUCCAAGGCUCGGAAGUAUCUCAUCUCAUAUGAUGAAAUCAAAAGGCGACUGCAAACCCCAGAGAAGAUGUCCCUGCGGUCGUUGGCAGCGUACACCCGGGUCAGCAGGGGCCCGGCGAGCAAGAAGACCCUGCUGGAGUCGCUGAACGUCCUGGGCCUGAAACCCAGCACCACCACCUCCGUAUCCUCAUCAUUCUCCAAACUCACUGAAGGUGACACUAAAGCUCUGUGUGAAGAUAUGAAAGAUUUUGCUCAUGAUUACAUCGACUACAGCAACAUGGCAAAACAGCUCAUCCCAGAGACGAAUACAGUUCAACACUGGUCCAAAAUUAUUGAAACUAAGAACCACCUGGAGGAUAUGAGAAAAGGUUUCCAGGAUCCAGUGAACAGCGGUGCUUUUGACAACGUCACCCACGGCCUGGGCCUGGGCGUGCUGGACGUUGCUCUGGACAUGAUCAUCAUGGUGAUUGAACAGCAGAUCCGCAUCCUGUCGGGCGCGACGGCUUCAGACCCGGCGGACCCGGGCCAGUCCACGCGUCGCAUCCGCCGGCGCCAGCGCAAAACCUGUUCCACGGACGGCGAGAAGCCUCACAACGUACCUGGAGGUGUGAAGGAGCAGGGCAAGAUCAUUACGAAAAGCAAGAAUCGAGCCAAAGCCAGGAAAAAGAUUAGACAAGAAACCGGAGCGUCUGGUCCCGCUGAGACCCAAACAGAGCAGGACAAGCCGGACGAUGUCCAGAAUAAUGUGCUCACUCUCGUAUCUGUGGGUUAUGAGACGGUUUCUGGCGAGCUCAACACGGCUGGGACCAUUUAACCCCUGCCUACACGAGUGCCCUUGUACAUACCAACAUUCUGACACAAAUAUGCUCCACAUACGGAGCCACUGACUUCCUUGGCUUGAAGGUAAAGGGAUAUUGUCUCCAAGUGGGCUUGUGCAAGGUAGAUGGUGUUUUGAAGAGGACUUUUUUAUUUUCUUUGCAUGAGGGCACAUAUUAAAGUGUGUGAAAUAACUAACAGCUCAAAAACUGAUAAAACACAAACCUGUUACUGUAGCUUAGAUCUGAAAAUGUGUGUGGGUGAGCUGCUCAGAUCUGCAGCGUGCUGCGACAUCACAGACCCGGAUCAGAGCAGAUCUUUCCCUCCCUCCAGCUUCACAUCAUUUGACAUUGUCUGUACGUCUGAAGUGGGUACAAUGAAACUGUGAGACUGACUCUAACACCGGCACAUCUCACUUAAAGAGAUGGCUGAAUGGAGUUGAGAUUCUGACUCUUCCCCCUAAAACCAGCUGCUAUGAAUACAGGUCCAAAGAUAUGCUGAAAAGUUUAGUUUGUCUCUUGUUUUUUCCCUAAAGCAUGUCAUCAGUAUUUAAUUAUGACCUCUAGAAACUGUCUGUGGGGUUGGAACUGUUGCCUUGAGAAGUAACUCCCUGGCGUAACAGCACCUGAGCUAGGGUUUAGUUUUUUAAACUUGCCCCUGUAUUAAAACCAGCUGAGUUGACCCAGGGAAACGCUUAUAAGAUACAGGGUUCAACACCCCAGGACCGAGGCUGGGUAUACAUGAAUACAUACAACUUCAGAGAAACUAAACCCUUCCUAAAAUAGCUGACGGGGUUCUACCCACGUUUAACACAAUCCUACCAUUAAACUCUAAAGCAGACGGCUAACGUCUUUUAUCUCGUAUGAGUGUAAAAUGACAAUGAACAGCUUUGCCGCAGGUUCUGCGUCAGACUAUUCCCAAGUCCUGUCUUUCCACUUCAGCUUGUGCACUAAUUCAGCCGGAUGUGCAGUACACCUGUCGCUGGAGUUGGUGCUUACUUUUGAAACCCUUUUUUGAGAGUUGUUUUCUUUCCUGUGGUGUUUACACUACGCAAGGCCGACCAGUAAACCUGCUACGUGGUAUCAGUUUCUUUUGUUUAGAUGUUGUAAAAAAAAAACUGCCUCCUUAAUCCACAUUACGCAAAGUGAACCGUGCAUGAUUAAUUGUUGACUCUGGCAGGCUUGUUUUCCAGAUGGUCAGAGAUAGUUGAGGUUUAUAUUUAGUAUCUGCAGCGCGUGACAGAGAUUUCACAUUUAAACAGUUUGAUUAGGUUAAAAUGAAUUCAGCGAUGAUUCUUCUGUUCUUGGUUCAUUUAGAUUAGUAUGAGAUGUGUCGGCGCUCCCAGCACCUCAGAGCAGAGAACACUGUGCAUUUUAUCAUUUAAUAUACGUUUUAAUAGUUUAAAUCAGUUUGGUUUGGCUGGUGGUUAAUAAAAAACAAAGAAAACAUGAUUAUGCUUUGAUCACUUUUAAGUGAAUCUGUUCAUUUGCGAUACAUGUUGUAUGUAUGCACCGUAAAAACAAACGUAUUUCUUCAUGUUAUGUCUUCAACAAACAGAAAGUCUUGUUUAUAUAAAUGUGAAUUUGUUGGAGAAUGUGCGGACAUGACUCCUGCUUUGAUUUGUUUAGUUUUCUAAAAUAAUUUUAGGUUUUUACAAGUAACAUCAAGAGUUCAGUAAAAUAUGAAGAUUUACUUUACUGCUGUUUUAUUUCAUUUUUUUGUUUGUGUGUGUUAAAGAUGUCAGAAAUGGACUAAGCUUCU